AUGACUCGUCGAACAUUGAUCAAACUUCUUUCCAACAACAACAACAACAAGCAUCACCAAUAUUCUCAACCACAACAACAAACAUAUUCUCCGUUGUUGUACACUCGUCCAUCGCUCAACCAUCUCCAACUUUUCAAUUUUGAUCCACAACGACGACUUUUCCAUACUCACGUCACAACUCUCGAAGUAUCUUCCUCCUCUUCAUCCUCUGCUGCUGCUCAAUGUCCUUUCCAUGCUUCCUCAUCGGUGGCAUCAACCACUUCUCCAAUUCUUUCAUCAUCUGCCGCUGUGAUUGCUUCUGAACAAGUCUCUGAAACACUCAAAGGCGAAUCUCCAAACAAAACCAACCCUGUAAAAUCGUUUGAAGAAAUUCCGGGACCAAAAGCGUGGCCAUUGGUCGGUAAUUUGUUUGAUCUUCUCCAACACAAAGGUAUUCCAAAUAUUUAUUUUUAUGAUUUGUGUGAAAAGUAUGGAGAUAUGGUUCGUCUCAAAAUUCCAUUCAAUAACAUGUUGAUCGUUUCGCAUCCAACCAUUAUUGAAGAGUUGGUGAAGAAGGAGGAACGAAGAGAAUUUUUAAAGUCUAAUCGAUUUUAUAAGCAACAACAUGAUAUUACUUUGGCUCCAAUUGAAAUGACCUUCUUCGAGGAUUGGCAAGAAAUUAGAAAUCUCUACAACGUGGCCAUGAAACCCGAAAAUUUAGAAAAAGUCAGUUUGCCACAAAUCACUCAACUCAAUGGUGACUUUUUGCGUACUGUUGUGAGUAAACUCAAGAAAGUACAAAACAAUCAUGAAUUCACAAAAUAUCACCUUCCCAAUGCCUUUGACGUGACUUCUCUCUACACCUUCAAAGCUGUCGCGAAAACCUUCCUUGGUGUCAAAGUCACUGAACAAGUUGAAAAACAAUUGCCAUGGACCAUUUAUGAAUUUGUGGAACAAGCUGUUCGAGCCACUGAUAUUGCUCUUCAAUUGGACAACAAACCACCACUCUAUCAAUACUUUAAAACAAGAGAAUACAAAGAAAUGGAAUCCUUAAUGGACAAUAUUUACGAUGGAUGUAAAAAAUUGAUUAGCAUGUUUAAAGAAAAUCCAAAUCCACAAAUUCCUCGACUCAAAGAACUUGUCGAUGAAAGAGCUUCUGGAAUGGAAAAUGCAGAAAAAAAGAGUGAAGGAGUGUUGAGUGCCUUUUUGAAUGGUGGAGUGGAUAUUACUUCUCGAAUUAUGGUCAAUCAAAUGUAUCGAUUGGCUCAUCAUGUGGAAUAUCAGGACAAGUUGUUUGAGGAAUUGAAGGAAUUGUUUGGAGAACCUACUUCUGAAGAAUUUGAAUCUGAGAAUGGAUUGCAAAUUACUUGGGACAAGUAUAAGAAGAUGAAACUUGUGAAGAAUUUCUUGGAAGAAACCAUGCGUUUGAAUUCUUUUUCUUAUUUGACAAGUGGCAGAUGGUUAUUGAAUGACAUUGAGUUGAAUGGAUAUUUAGUUCCAAAGGACACUCGAAUCUUUAUUAUGAAUUAUCAUCCAAGCUUGAAGGAUGAAUUUGUUCCUCGUGCCAGAGAGUUCAUUCCAGAGCGACAUGAAAAGGGACAUCCAUUGGCUCCAAAAUCUAUGUACAGCAGUCUUCCAUUUGGAAUUGGUGCAAGAAAAUGUCCUGGCAGUCGAAUUGCAAGCACUGAAUUGCACAUGUCACUCAUCAAUUUAGUGAGACAUUUCAAAUUGACUCAUGAAAACCCAGACAAAUUUCCAGAAAGCAGUCACGAUCAAUCCAUGUUGUAUAUUGACUCAAAGAAGAAUCCCUUGUACCUCAUUCCAAGAGAUCACAUGAAACCAAUUUUGGAAAAACAUGUGAUGAUAUAA